CACGAUGCCUCCCCAGUCUCCUCCUCCCCCCUCACACUCAUGUCGGGAGACAAGUUCGCCGUCCUCUCUCAGAGGGCUUCACGUCAGUCCACUGAGGGGUCUUUUCGGGCUUCCUCUUCCCUCUAUGUUCUUCCCGCGGGUGUACGCGGCUGACGGCGUCCCUCCUCAACCACACGCCGUGCCUUUACCUGAGAACAGGGGCAAGCCCGAGUUUCCAGACACAGGCUGGGAACGCCUCAGAGACGUGUUUGACAUUAGAGAGAGGCAGGUUUAUCCAGAGGAGCUGAGGAACAUUCUGAAGAGUGGGCUCACAGCUGCUGUCGCGGGUUUACUCUACGGGGGUUUGCCCGCCGCCCGACACGCCAGACAGAGAUACAUCCAGGUCAGCCAGGCCGAGAUCUACCAGAGCCGGGUGGACGCAGUGCGUUCGGCCCAUAACGCAGCCAUCCGAGGGUUCGUGAGGUACGGCUGGAGGUGGAGCUGGCGAGUGGCGGUGUUUGUCACCGUUUUCAACACUGUGAGUACGGGACUGUCUGUAUACACCGAUGAAAACGCGCUGAGUCAUUUCGCUGUCGCGGGAGCGGUGACUGGGGGCCUGUUCAGGCUGAAUUUGGGCUUGGGGGGGCUGGUGGCAGGCACACUCAUUGGAGCAGCUCUGGGGGUGCCAGCUGGAGCUCUGAUCAUUGCCUUGCAGAAGCAGGCGGGAGAGACCAUGCGUGAGAGGAGGAGGCGAGAACGCAGGGAGCUCUAUGAGCUUAAAGUGGCAGAAUGGAACGCCCGACUACAGCUGACGGAUGAGCUGAUUGGUGAGAUUAGCAUCGCAGGACCCGACAGAGACCCUAAUGCCGACCUUCAGAGAAUCCAGGAACUGCUCAACCAACCCAGGAACGAGGGCGUGGCCAAAGACUCCCCCGGCCGAUGAGAACGUCCGAGGGCUGCUGACCGACUAAUCGACUCAGUGUUGAGUUUUCGCAGUCGGAGACACAAACGCACAAAAACAGGGACAGAUGAGAUCAGCAUUUCUCAUCCACUUUAGUUCAGAUGGACUGUAGGAGAUGAAGUACGUAUAUGUACU